GAUAGGUCCUUGAAAGCUUCCACAAUCAUCAGCCUAAAAUGAAGGCCAAAGAUCGGCAGCCACGAAGCUUGAAUUGGCCCUCUUUGAAUUUCAUAAUCCACUCAUCCAUCUCAGUUUUUCUUGUUCGUACGGAACUCACGUAGGUUCUUGAUCAAAUAUAUAAAGGUGGGAAUGACCAACAUACAUUUCCAGAAUCAUCAGUUUUUGUUUGAUCACUUCUUCCUUUCUAUUCAGCACAGAAUAUCAUAUCAGAUAGCAUAAAGUCAACAUCAUGAUUACCUUUUCCAGUCUUCUCGUCACAUUCUCGGCAAUUUCUACCUCGCUCGCCAUUCCGGGUUCCAUUCUCCCAAAGCGGAGCCCAAUGAAUUUUGUUCUCCAACGCAACGAAAGCUCUCUUGUUCGUCGUGCAACUCCAAAUUACGAACAAGAUUAUACGACUGGUGGAGAUGUAAUCUACACACCAUCCGGCAGCUCUUUCACUGUAGAUUGGUCAACCGAGGAUGAUUUUGUCGUUGGUCUUGGCUGGACAACUGGAUCUACUAAUCCUAUAAACUUCAGCGGCACUUUCGGCAUCGGAUCCGGCACCGCCCUCCUCUCCAUCUACGGUUGGUCCGAAAAUCCACUCGUAGAAUACUACAUCGUCGAAGACAGCGCAUCUCCCCCCAGUUUCGGAACCGUCAAAGGCAGCGUCACAAGCGACGGGUCAAGCUAUACCAUUUGGGAAAAUCAACGUGUGAAUGAACCUUCCAUUGUAGGAACCGCGACUUUUAACCAGUACAUCUCGGUGCGAUCUUCCCCGCGGAAAAGUGGGACAGUGACGGUAGAGAAUCAUUUUCAGGCUUGGGCCGCGCUGGGGAUGAAUUUGGGAACGCUUAAUUACCAGGUUUUGGCGGUGGAGGGGUGGGGUGGUGAGGGGGCUGCUACGCAGACGGUUAGUUAGGAUGGUCUUUUGGAUGGGCGUGGUGGUUCCAAGGUUUUCUACUUUCAAGCUGGUAGUAUAGGCCACCCUGAUCAAAUUUUUCGUUCGUCGAAAAUCAUUGAAUUUAGUUAUUCGGAGGUGGUUGUGAUAUUGAAGAUAGCCUAAGAAGCAAGGUAGAAAUUGGUGUGAAACCUGUGGAAGAGAAUGGAA